CUUAGUUAUUCGGUAGCUAGCUUGCGUGUGCUGUAUAUAUACCUAAAGUAACAAAAAAUUCUUGUUCAUUUUGCGUUAAUGUCAACGAUAGGGAAGGCUAUGUCAAAGUUCCGGCUGGCCGUCAUCCAGCUGCAGGUAGGCAGUGUCAAGGCGGACAACCUGAACCGGGCCCGGAGGUUUAUUGACGAGGCGGCGGGGCAGGGAAGCAAAGUGGUGCUUCUACCGGAAUGCUUCAAUUCGCCAUAUGGAAGUGGCUUCUUCCCCGCCUACGCUGAGAGGAUUCCAGGAGAGUCCACGAAGCUUCUCGCCCAGGCGGCUAAGGAUAAUAAAGUCUACUUGGUCGGAGGUUCAAUUCCCGAGGAGGAAGCAGGCAAGUUAUACAACAGUUGUGUAGUGUUUGGACCAGAUGGACAGCUUCUUGUCAAACACAGAAAGAUCCACCUCUUUGACAUCGACAUUCCCGGCAAGAUCCGCUUCCAGGAAUCGGAAACGCUAAGCCCAGGCAAUAGCUUGUCCAUGUUUGAAACACCUUUCUGCAAAGUGGGCGUGGGAAUUUGUUAUGACAUGAGGUUUGCUGAGCUAGCGCAGCUCUACAGCAGGAAGGGCUGUCAGCUGUUGCUCUACCCAGGAGCCUUCAACAUGACCACAGGUCCAGCCCACUGGGAGCUCCUCCAGAGGGGAAGAGCUUUGGACAACCAGGUGUACGUGGCUACAGCGUCACCCGCCAGGGACGAGAGCGCCUCCUACGUGGCUUGGGGUCACAGCACUGUGGUGAACCCCUGGGGGGAGGUUAUCUCCAAAGCCGGAGCAGAAGAGGCUGUCAUCUACGCUGAUAUCGACCUGCAGUACCUGGCUGACGUGAGAGAGCAGAUCCCCAUCACGGCCCAGCGCCGCCACGAUGUUUACGCCGUCACCUCUGCGCAGGGGGAAGCCAGAUGAAAAUAUAAUUAUAUAUAAACGGGUUAAUUUGUGCCGAAUCAUGCCGGAACAAGAUCCGGCAGCUCUUGAGAUCCGGCACCUCUCUUGUAUAGAAAAUAAUAAUAAUAAUAAUUAGGGUUGUUCCGAUCAUGUUUUUUUGCUCCCGAUCCGAUCCCGAUCAUUUUAGUUUGAGUAUCUGCCGAUCCCGAUAUUUCCCGAUCCGAUUGCUUUUUUUGCUCCCGAUUCAAUUCCAAUCAUUCCCGAUAAUUCGUCCCGAUCAUAUACAUUUUGGCAAUGAAUUAAGAAAAAAAUGAAUAAAACUUGGACAAAUAUAUACAUUCAACAUACAGUACAUAAGUACUGUAUUUGUUUAUUAUGACAAUAAAUCCUCAAGCUGGCAUUUACAUUAUUACCAUUCUUUCGGUGAGAGGGAUCCACGGAUAGAAAGACUUGUAAUUCUUGAAGGAUAAAUGUGACUUUGUAUAUUGUGACUAAAUAUUGCCAUCUACUAUAUUUGUUGAGCUUUCAGUAAAUGAUACUGUAGCCAUUUAACUUCUGCCCAAAUGCAUGAUGGGAAGUGCAACCAUGGCCGUGUGUUGUCGUACCAAUUCAUAUAUAUUCUCUGCGUUGGGAAAUAACAUAGGGUGUUAAGAAAAAGAUCAACUACUACCUUUUUUCCCCCACACUGCUUCCCACAAUUAUUCUAAUCGUUGGGAGAGGGAUUGUAAGGAUUUACCCACUUUUAAAAAGUCUCCAAAGGCUGCCAAAAUUCUCUCUACUCAUCUCACGCUGCCUUUUAGCUCUAUAUACUGUAUGGGUAAAAUGGUGCCAUUAUAGAUUGAACGCGACAAUGCGUGAGUGGGUCGUGCAGCGCAUGCCUUAAUGGCGUUAAAUAUUGUAACGUGAUAAAUGUAAAAAAUAUUAAUUCUCGCCGUUAACGCGAUAAAUUUGAUAACCCUACCUUAAGCUUAAACUAAAGACUCUGGAAGAGUGUAACACAUUAUGUCUAUAACGCUAAAUACAAUUAGAAAACGAUUGAAUUAAAAAUAUAUAUAUAUAUAUUAAAAAAAGGCAUGACCGAUAUUUUUUUGCCGAUUCCGAUACUUUGAAAAUGACGUGAUGUCCCGAUCGAUCGGGACGCGGAUCAAUUGGGACAUCUCUAAUAAUAAUAUAAAAACAUUUUUAAAAAAUGUGUAAAUUUAAAUAAUAAUAUGCAUAAAUUCAUUUACAGAACAAAUCCCAAGAAUUGCCCGUCUCGUCAUCCCUGCGCUGUCAUAGGGCCUCCUCCCACGUGAAGUGCAAUCGAACUCUAGCGACACCUGCGCUCAACGUUGAGGUCCGGGGCCAAACUUUAGAGUCAAGGGUCAAAGGUCGAGCGCGAUGCGGCCUCUGUCUUCAAAUCGCGAAACGUUGACUGAUUUGUAUCAAUUCUGCCCUACAAUUAAAUACGCCCUCUCUGAUUGGUCAUCAGUCCAGACUGUGGGGUGGAACCCCAACCCUGCUCUGAUUGGCCAGUACUCCUUCCGGUCUGCAAUCUGUGUGUGACCAACCCACUCCAAUUGAACAUCCCCUCCAGGGUGGCAGCUGUGAGUUUUUUGUAAAACAGUUUAUGAAUGAGUUUAAAGUGUAUUUAAACAAUGAGCACUAAUUCCGGUUGCUUACUGCACUUUAGGCCCACAUAGUCUAGUCAAAUCAUUUUCUCCAUCAUGUUUUGCCCGUUAAAGACUAUUUAACAGAUGAAUGUGAGAUUAUUCCACUUACUUACUUCAGUAAAUAUUGCCAUUUGUUCUUAUUAAGCACAUACAUCUAAAAGUUGUUCAUUUUUUACCUAAAUAAAAAAAAUUGCUUUCAAAUAAUGUUUUGAACCAUAUUUAUUCUGGAAUUAAGAAUAUUUAUGACAUUUCAAAGCUUUUUAAAGAUUACAUAUAGGAAUUUAUUUUAAGGAAGUGUGUUUUUGGCCAAUGUAAAAGAAUCCUAAAUGCCUUGUUUGUUAUAUAAAAUACGUAUUCACAGAUGAGCUGAUUCAUUCAUAUUUUAGGUCAAUUUGUGUGUGUUGUCUUUUCUGUGGUAGUAGCAGGCGGUUGAAUACGGCUGUUUGAAUGUUAGAAUAGAAUAGGCUUUGUCAUUCAAAUAGUACAAUGACAUUAAAAAUAGCAACACCCUAUCAGUGCAUCACACAAUAAAUUAAUGUCAAUACAUAAAUAAAUAAUAUACACUACUACUACCUAAAAAUAAAUUUAAACUAAGCAGUGUACGAAGGAUGAUGUUGAAAUAAAUAAGAUAGCUGACUCCUGAACUACGCCAAUAGCAAACUGCAAUAUGCAAGUGUUAAUCAGAUAUACAAGUGUUAAGAAACUAGUAUUCCAUUAGAAGUAAGUCACUAGGUUUUAAAUUUUCAUUCACGAGGUCAUUCUGCCCAACAGGUAACAAGUUACCUCUGGGUGGUCUUGGCAUCUUUCCAUUCCGCAGGGUGGUUGAGCAUCUGUUCAGAGGCUGCGGGAGGGCGGGACCAAAGUUUGACGUUGUUUCCCUCAAGUGACGUCGUAGUCCGAAGCGCAGCAUUAUAGAUUUCAUCAUUACUGCGUUUUAGCUGUUGUGUUGUCUUGGCCUAUUUUUUCUCCACUUUCAAUUAAGGGCAUUAGGACUUUUCCCAAUCUCUAUGCUUUAAAUGUAUUUGUUAUAACACUCAAAUUCCAGUUUUUUUCUUGUAUUUCAAUAAAGGAGCUAUAGUACACAGUAAAAGUUAAGCAGCCUGUAUUGAGUCUUAAAUAAGUUUAAUGAUAAGCAAGUGUUUUGCAGAUAUUGAAGUGUUGAGAAAUAAGGACUAGGUUUUUAAUUUUCUGUCUGCACUCAUUGGGAAAGUGCACAAUAUACAGGACUAUAUGCUAUGCCGAACAUACUGCAUAUUUGUG